GUUGGAGUAUUUGACCGAGCAAGCUGAUCUCCACGGCGGGCGGGCGGGCGAGCUCGCCGUCCUCGUAGGCAUCGAAAUCCGGCCUGGUCUGGCCUGAGUUGGGCGGCUGAGCCUCGUCUUCGUCCGCUGCGCGGCGCGCGUGAGAGGCUGAGAGAUCAGGGAUCCCGUCCGGGCGCGUCGGGAGUUGUGCGUGGGUUCCCCCGAUGGGGUCGCGGCCCAGGCUGGCCCUCGUGGCCGCCCUCGCCGCGGCGGCGCUGCUCGCCGGGGUGGCGGCGGCGGCGACGGAGGAGGCCUACGUCACGCUGCUGUACGGGGACGAGUUCGUCCUCGGCGUGCGCGUCCUGGGCAAGUCCAUCCGCGACACGGGCACGCGCCGGGACUUGGUCGUGCUCGUCUCCGACGGCGUCUCUGACUACUCGCGGAAGCUCCUCCAGGCUGAUGGUUGGAUCGUGAAACAUAUAACUUUACUAGCCAAUCCUAAUCAAGUGAGGCCAAAGAGGUUUUGGGGUGUCUAUACCAAGCUUAAGAUAUUCAACAUGACAAGCUACAGAAAAGUUGUUUAUCUUGAUGCCGAUACUGUGGUUGUAAAAAGUAUUGAGGAUCUUUUCAAGUGUGGGAAGUUCUGUGGCAAUCUGAAGCAUUCUGAAAGAAUGAAUUCUGGAGUGAUGGUUGUAGAGCCAUCUGAAACUGUUUUCAAGGAUAUGAUGCGCCAAAUAGACAGUUUACCUUCUUACACUGGAGGUGACCAAGGCUUUCUGAAUUCAUAUUAUGCUGAUUUCGCCAACUCACAUGUUUAUGAGCCAGACAAUCCUUCUACACCUGAACCUGAGACUCAACGGCUUUCUACCUUGUAUAAUGCUGAUGUUGGUCUUUACAUGCUAGCCAAUAAGUGGAUGGUUGAUGAAAAAGAACUUAGAGUCAUUCAUUACACACUGGGUCCCCUUAAACCAUGGGACUGGUGGACAGCCUGGCUUGUUAAACCUGUAGGAGUGUGGCAGGAUGUUAGGCAAACACUUGAAGAGUCUCUCCCAGGAACUGGUGGGGGUAGAAACCCUCAUGACCAGCUGGUGGUUAAAGUUCUGUUCAUCCUUCCUGUUCUACUGCUGUUAUUUGGUUAUUACCAAUCAUGUUUUCAGACUAACAAGGACCUGUUAAGUAUAAGAUCUCUGUGUGCAUUUGCCAGAAGAGCUCGCUACAAAUACAAGUCUGAUGAGGCACUUCCAUCCUAUUCUGCUGCUGGUGUUUCCUCAUCUGCAUUUGCCAAUUCAGAUCAAAGAUUAUCACAUGGGACGCACUCAAGGUUACCUUCUUAUUUUGGGGCAAUUGCUGUGCUAGCCAGUUUUGUGUCUGCUGGUGUCUCUCUUGCAUUUGCUUUCACUAUCAUCCCACAGCAGAUUAUGCCAUGGACAGGUUUGCUACUGAUGUUCGAGUGGACCUUUGUGUCAUUCUUCUUAUUAUUUGGAAGUUAUCUCCGCUUUGUAUAUCGAUGGGGAAUUCUUUGUGCAAAUCAUGUGGGAUAUAGCCGCUUGGAUUCGUCAGAAAAUCACAUGAUCACAGGCCGGCACCACAAUACGUCUGAAUGUGACAUAGACGCAACAUUUUACUGGAUAGUGAUGGCAAUUAUAGCUAUUGUCACUGUAUUGUCACCAACUCUCUUGGGUGUGACUGCGCUAUUUGCUAAGCUAGGCUUGAUGGUUGCUGGUGGUGUUGUGCUAGCAUCUUUUAUGACAUACUCUUCAGAGCAUCUUGCUAUCUCAGCUUUCUACAAAGGUCAGAGAGAGAGAAAUGUUUCGAGAACUAGAAGCAUUUGUUUCUUGUUUUAGUCGUUAACUCUGUUACCACGCGAUUGAUUUAGUUCAUGUAUCAUAUGUCCAUCAUCCAUGUUGUAUUCUAUUGUUUUACACAAGAAACGAAUGAUGGUGUACACACAGCGAUUCCAUUUUCUUUCAUGUCAAUCGAGUGUAAAUAGGUUCCGAUGAUGUUCGUCGUCCACAACUGACAUCAAACUGGCAUACCUGCACUGUAAAUCUUGUUGUAUAUAAAGCACUCACUACUAUUUGUUUGCUC